AUGCUCCGGCGAGUAAAGGGCAGCUCACGGCACCGUCUCCGCCUCGCGCUCGUCUGCCUCGCAGCCGUCAUCGCCCUCGCCGGGAGAUGGGGGUGGAACGAGCGGGAUCGAGGGUCGCGGAUAUGCCUCGUCGGGAACGCAGAGACGGAUGCAAAAGCACUGUCGGUGUACAGGCAGUGGGGAGGGGCCUUCCCGGCAGCGUUCUACGUCUGGGGACAGCGGCGGACGGACGACGAGGUGCGCUCCCGCGACGAGAUAAGGCGGGUGUCGUUCCUCCGGCCCAGGGAGGGCGAGGAGGCGCUGCCGUUCGCAGACGGCAUGUUUGCGUCCGUCAACGAGGUCAUGAGCCGGCACCGCUGCGACUACAUCUUCACGCACGAUGACGACCUCGAAUUCACUGUUGCGCCGCACGGCAACUUCUACGACCCUUCCGCACCACGAGCCAACAUCGCCGCCGAGCUCCAGUACGUGCUCGACGUGUACCGACCCGCAAUCGCUGGGUUCCCCUGGAAAGUCGGAGACGAGCGUUUCGAGGGAAUGAAGGCGCUCAAGAAGGAGUACGCCACGGAGGAGGUCGCACCGUUGACCGGCUUCGACAACGGCAUGGUCAUCUACCACAAGAGCGUUCUCCCGCUCUUCUUUCCCUUCUCACCCAAUGGUGAAGGCGGCUUCACUGGCAAGUGGACGCUGGGCGCUCACUUCCUCCAGAUGUUCGGUCCGCUCAUCUUCCGCGAGCACGCUCUGCGGCUCAACACGCUGCCUUACGACAACACGGUCAAUAUGGACAACAUUCCGAAGGGUCAAGGCAAGACCGAGAUCCGCAACGGUCUCGCCUACGUCCCCUCGUCACGGCAUCCCUACGAGUACCCGCUCAAUGACGCGUACAUGUCGUUCCUUUCGUCAGGGUUGCGGGACCGGCAGCAACCCUGGGGACGAACGCUCGGGCCGAAGGACGUCUCGGUCCCGCAGGUGUGGGCGGGCGGCGACUACGAGCCCGAGUGGAUCCUCAACCGCCUCGACGAGUUCUACGACAUCCGCCACGAGGCGCUCAGCCGCACGCGCCUCAUCCAGUCCAUUCCCGCGCCCAAACUCGAGCUCCUCGCCGCUCGUAACCCGCCUCGCUUCGCCGUUCGCAUCAUCAUGUUCACGAAGAACCGCCUGCGGAGCUUCCAGCGCUGCUGGGAGUCUGUCCGCACCGCGUUCCCGAUCGAAGGCACGGACGUCUCCGUGGACGUCCACCUCGACUACGACCCGGCGAUGAGCAAAUUCGACCGCGACGAGUACGACGCCUACCUCGAGCUCCUCAAGCGCGACCCCGGUCCCGCGCAGUCUGUCACGGUCUUCAAGUCGACCAAGGAGAUGGGCUUGCGCGCUUCGAUUCUGUCAAGCUGGACGCCUCGCGACAAUCACGAAUACGCAAUCUUCCUUGAGGACGACAUCGAGGUCUCGCCUCACUUCCUUCGCUACGCGCAGAACAUGAUCGACGCGUACGUCUACCGCGACCACGCCGACCACCGCCUCUCGGCCAUCUCGCUGUACAACAUCCGCUACAAUGAGGCUCUCGAGUCGUUCGUCUCGGUCAAGAACGGCCAUCGCCCGUACAUCUACCAGCAGGCGCAGAGCUGGGGUGCCAUCUUCCUCCCCGAGAACUGGCGUCGCUUCACCACCUACGUCAAGCGCUUCCCGGCCGGCAAGGACCCCCUCAUCCCCGAUUCGCUCACGAACCGGUGGCCGUUCGCUCAAAGCUGGAAGAAGUACUACAUGCGGUUCAUGGCCGAGGAGGGAGGCUAUGUCAUCUACCCGAACUUGCCAGGCGGCCAGUCGUACUCAACGAAUUACGUCGAGGUCGGCACGAACGACAAGGUGACGCAGCUCGCGGCGCAAAAGAUCAUCCACGCCAAGUUCCGCGUCCCGCUCCUCCCGCGCGAGGCCAACUUCCACUCGCUCCAGGUCUACCCGCCGUUGUCGUCGCUCGAGGUCUACACGAUGCAGCACCAGGCGCUCGAACACGUCGACCUCUUCCCGCGCGGCACCGAGCACGUCGAGUCGUUCGACAAGUGCACGAUGAUCAUGACGGUGUACAGUCGUGUGGAGACCUUCCUCGACCGCAUCGAGCACUACCACACGCUCGACAGGCUCGGCCAGAUCCUCAUCGUCUGGAAUAAUGUCGACUACCCUCCUCCCGCCAUCUCGAGCGACGACUACAACAUCCCCGUCGAGAUCCUCAAGAUGGAGCGCAACUCGCUCAACAACCGCUUCCACCCAUGGCCGCAAAUCAAGUACUCUUGCGUCAUCAACAUGGAUGAUGACUGGGACAUGCCGCACGAGCACAUCAAGUACGCCGUCGACGUCUGGAAGGGCCACUUCUGGGAUCACCUUGUCGGUUUCUACCACCAGGGCCGCAACCACGUCGUUCGCGAAAUCGACGGCAAGGACGUCACGCUCUACUCCUCGACGUUCCUCUCGCCCCAGCUUCUCGCGGGCAAGAAGCCGUUCUACUCAAUUGUCUUGCCUUCCGGCUUCAUCUAUCACCGCAAGUACCUCGACAUGUACACGCACCAGCUUCCGCAGGAGGCGCGCGACUACGUUGACGAGGUGGCGAACUGCGACGACCUUCUUUUCAACUACAUGAUGGCGAAUGCUACGGGGACCGGCCCGGCCUUGAUCGAAGCGUGGGCGUCCAUGGUGCUCGACCUUGGCAACGCAGGUCUUUGGUCCCGACCAACGCAUAUGGGCGUCCGAACCGAGUGCAUGGCGCGGUUCGAGCGCAUCUUCGGCCGCAACCCGCUCAAGUACACCACGACAAUCUUCUCAAUUCAGUACAAGACGACCGUUCCGGGACUGCAUCACUACACGAUGUCCGACACGAUACCUUUCGACUACCCGUGCAACAAGACGGUGUACGAGACGUCGGAACAGUGCGCCUUUGUCAUGGAGAAGGAGCACUGGGGCAAGGCCGGAGGUUGGGCAUAG